AUGCUGCAAGAGUUUGCACAGUUAUAUGAGGUGAAGCAUAAGAAGGUUUUUCCAUGGCUCGAGCGCAAUAUCAACUGUUUAGUGCAUGUUAUCAAUCUUGGCAUGCAGCAGCUCAUUGGCACAUACAGCAAAUCUCUUCACUACAAUCCUCAUGAUCCUCACGGCCACAAACCAGACAUGUCUCAUAAGGUUGAUCGGGACAAAAUUGGCCUUAUAAAAGCCAAUGUGUCUUUGCCGACACAGCUAUUGAUUGACAUGAAAGUCUGUUGGUCAUCUACCUAUGUUAUGCUGAAUUGCACCAAAUUGAACAAGCAGCAUGUGGAUACAUUUGUGUAUGAAAUGGGGCAUCAAGAAUGCAGUCUCAAAAAAUGGGCCAAAAUCAACUUUCUGCAACUGUCAGCUGCUGAAUGGACACGAGUUGGUCAAUUCACGGACCUUCUUUCAUAUGCCGAUGUUGCCCAGCAAGCUUUCUCAUCUGAUCGAGGAUUAACUCUCCAUCUUGUGAUACCUGCCCUAGAGACGCUCCACAAAUCUUGGUCUUUGCAAGCUGAAAGGCCCAAGAGUACAUUGCACGAACUUGCAGCACCACUCUGUGUGCUGUCUGCAGCUAUCCCUAUAUGA